AUGGGCGAUUCGGGUGGAGAAGCCGCAACUACAACCCCUCCAGGACCAGAGAAGCCGCGUCAGGUGCCCGACGACUUUGAGAAGCGAUUGGCAGCCGAUGAGCCGGAAGAUGAUGACGAUGAGCCGGAGACUGUUGACAAGACGUUUAAAUCUGCGGCGAUGGAUCGUCAGGAAAGACAUCGAUCUGCUCCCGAUUUGCACAUGAUCAUUUCGAUAAAAACUAUCAUCAGACACUGGGCGACGUUCAAGUCCUCCUCCAGGUUUGGGACAUUGGCGGGCACUCACGCUGCAUUGAUCGUCUAUGAUGUCACGAAUUCGGCCUCGUUCGAAGACGUGAGCGACUGGGUGUCAGCUGUCAAGCGCAUUUCGAAAAACCAGGAAAAGCCGCCACGCCUCGGGCUGGUGGGCAACAAGACGGACCUCGAACAUCGGCGCGUCAUUCGCAUCGACAAACACAAUAAAUUCGCCGACGAGCACGGCAUGGCCAGUUUCUAUGCGUCGGCAAAAACUGGGGACAGCGUCACGCUUAUGUUCAGACAAACCGCUGCCGACCUCGUUGGCGUGGCGCUCUCAAAAACGGAUGUCGAAAGCGAUAUCGUCAUUGUCGAAGGAGAGAUCAUCCGCGAGGACCCGGGAGUCCGGAAGCGCCCCAUCGACAAUUCUCGAAACACGGCCGUCUGUUCUAUUCAA